AUGUCAGAAACAAUACAGUGUGAUGAGGUACGCCCUACAUGCUUCAACUGCAACAGACAUGGGAUUCCGUGCAGCCUAUCGCAGACUGCACCCCCUGACCUGAAGCUCCCUGGGCCAUAUCACCGGGAAGCAUCAUCGACACUCCUUUCCCAUUCAUCGUCAAGCCAUAGCAGCGCUGUUGACUUGGUCGCUCCUUUGCCUUCAGAUAAACUCUGGUAUCAAGGCUUCGAGCUCAUGCACCACUGGUGCACUGCUACCGCCGACACGCUAUCAUCGCGGCAGGAUGUGUCUUACGUGUGGCGUGUAGCCGUCCCGCGCGAGGGUUACAAACACCCCUUCGUCUUCCACGGCAUCCAGGCAUUUGCUGCUGUUCACAAGGUCUACUUAACACAGAGCCAGAGCAACAAAGACCGUUACCUGGAGCUUUGCGACUAUCAUUCCAUGUUGGGUCUGAAGCUCUUUCGGCGCGAGCUCCAGGAUAUCACAGAGCACAACUGGUUGGCAUUGUUCAGUUUUGCAUCAGUCCUUGUGCUCUACGCUUUUACUCUCCCUCUGAGGUCAGCCCACCAGACGCUUGCGGACCCUAUUUCUGGCUUCCUGGAGCUGGUAUCUCUUCUACAGGGCAUGAAGACAACUCUUGGGCCUCUUAGACCUCGUGUCUAUCGUUCAGAGCUGGCUCCCCUCGUAUAUGGCAUCUGGCCAGGGGAGGUCAAAGAAGUUACUGGCGGGUACCCCUCACUUGAUAACACUUUUCUCCCUCCCGACCUCUGGGACGCAACAAGACAGUUACGCUUCUUUCUGGAGACAGAAGUUCCUCCCGAAAGCCUGACGCACUAUCGAGACGCAGUCAACAGUCUCGAAUAUUCUGCUCGGCUCGUUGCCCUCGCAGGAGCACAAGCCGAAAGUGGUACGGUUAUUGCCGCUUUUUGGACCCUGAAUGAGAAGAUUCUUGUAGACAUAGGCUGCCGCAAGCCAUAUACCUUGGUUCUGGUGGCAUACUACUGUGUUUAUCUUGCUGGACUUAACAGGACCUUUUGGUAUGCACGAGGAUGGGUGGAACAGGUCUUCGACCAAGUUGAAAGGAGUCUUGCAUCACAUGCAGCGUUCAAGUCGAUGCUGGAGUGGCCCAGGACACAUGUGUCCGGUUUGUAA